AGCCCGCGCUGGGGUCUGGGGGCACUGCUCAGCGGUGCUGGGCUGGCGCGGCUUGAGCCGCCGCGGCACUGACAGCUCGGUCUGCGGACCAUGGAGACUGGCGCUGGUCCACACCCGCUGCGCCUGUUAGUCUGCCUGAUACCGCUCUGUCUCGCGCUGCUUUUGGGACCCGGACGGCCCGGGACUGCCGAGGAAGUCAUCCUCCUGGAUUCCAAAGCCUCCCAGGCUGAACUGGGCUGGACCUCACUGCCAAGUAAUGGGUGGGAGGAAAUCAGCGGCGUGGACGAACAUGACCGUCCCAUUCGCACAUACCAAGUGUGCAACGUGCUGGAGCCCAACCAGGACAACUGGUUGCAGACUGGUUGGAUCAGCCGAGGUCGAGGGCAGCGCAUCUUCGUGGAACUGCAGUUCACACUGCGCGACUGCAGCAGUAUCCCUGGCGCCUCAGGCACUUGCAAGGAGACCUUCAAUGUCUACUACCUGGAAACCGAGGCAGACCUGGGCCGCGGGCGUCCCCGCUUAGGAGGUAGCCGACCCCGCAAGAUUGACACGAUCGCAGCGGACGAGAGCUUCACGCAGGGCGACCUGGGCGAGCGCAAGAUGAAGCUGAACACAGAGGUGCGUGAGAUCGGCCCGCUUAGUCGGCAGGGUUUCCACCUGGCCUUCCAGGACGUGGGCGCAUGCGUGGCGCUGGUCUCUGUGCGCGUCUACUACAAGCAGUGCCGCGCCACCGUGCGGGGCCUGGCGGCGUUCCCAGCCACCGCGGCGGAGAGCGCCUUCUCCACUCUGGUAGAAGUGGCUGGAACGUGCGUGGCACACUCGGAAGGGGAGCCCGGCAGCCCUCCGCGCAUGCACUGCGGCGCGGAUGGCGAGUGGCUGGUGCCGGUGGGCCGCUGCAGCUGCAGUGCGGGAUUCCAGGAACGUGGUGACAUCUGCGAAGCCUGUCCCCCAGGGUUUUACAAGGUGUCCCCCAGGCGGCCGCUCUGUUCGCCGUGCCCGGAACACAGCCGGGCCCUGGAAAGCGCCUCCACGUUCUGCGUGUGCCAAGACAACUAUGCGCGCUCGCCCACCGACCCGCCCUCGGCCUCCUGCACCCGGCCGCCGUCGGCGCCGCGGGACUUGCAGUACAGCCUGAGCCGCUCUCCGCUGGCGCUGCGGCUGCGCUGGCUGCCGCCGGCGGACUCGGGCGGCCGCUCCGACGUCACCUACUCGCUGCUGUGCCUGCGCUGCGGCCGGGAGGGCCCGGCGGGCGCGUGCGAGCCCUGCGGCCCGCGCGUGGCCUUUGUGCCGCGCCAGGCCGGUCUGCGCGAGCGCGCCGCCACGCUGCUCCACCUGCGGCCCGGCGCGCGCUACACCGUGCGCGUGGCCGCGCUCAACGGCGUCUCGGGCCCGGCGGCCGCCGCGGGAGCCACCUACGCGCAGGUCACCGUCUCCACCGGGCCCGGGGCACCCUGGGAGGAGGAUGAGAUCCGCAGGGACCGGGUGGAGCCCCAGAGUGUGUCCCUGUCGUGGCGGGAGCCCAUUCCCGCUGGAGCCCCCGGGGCCAACAGCACGGAGUAUGAGAUCCGCUACUACGAGAAGGGUCAGAGUGAACAGACUUACUCCACAGUGAAGACAGGGACGCCUGCGGUCACUGUCACCAACCUGAAGCCAGCUACCCGCUACGUCUUCCAGAUCCGGGCAGCUUCCCCGGGGCCCUCCUGGGAGGCCCAGAGCUUCAACCCCAGUAUUGAGGUGCAAACCCCAGGGGAGGCUGCCUCAGGGUCCAGGGACCAGAGCCCUGCAGUCGUCGUCACCGUCGUAACCAUCUCAGCCCUCCUCGUCCUGGGCUCCGUGAUGAGCGUACUGGCCAUUUGGAGGAGGCCCUGCAGCUAUGGCAAAGGAGGUGGUGACGCCCGUGAUGAAGAGGAGCUGUACUUCCACUUCAAAGUCCCGACACGGCGCACGUUCCUGGACCCUCAGAGCUGUGGGGACCCGCUGCAGGCUGUGCAUCUGUUUGCCAAGGAAUUGGACGCGAAAAGUGUCACACUGGAGAGGAGCCUGGGAGCAGGGCGGUUCGGGGACUUGUGCUGUGGCUGCCUGCAGUUGCCUGGGCGCCAGGAGCUGCCCGUGGCCGUGCACACGCUGAGGGAUGGCUGCUCCGACUCUCAGAGGCUCAGCUUCCUGGCUGAGGCCCUAACUCUGGGCCAGUUUGACCACAGCCACAUCGUGCGGCUGGAGGGCGUGGUCACCCGAGGAAGCCCCUUGAUGAUUGUCACUGAGUACAUGAGCCAUGGGGCCCUGGAUGGCUUCCUCAGGCAGCAUGAGGGGCAGCUGGUGGCCGGACAGCUGAUGGGGUUGCUGCCUGGGCUGGCAUCAGCCAUGAAGUAUCUGUCGGAGAUGGGCUAUGUUCACCGGGGCCUGGCAGCCCGCCGUGUGCUGGUCAGCAGUGGCCUCCUUUGUAAGAUCUCUGGCUUUGGGCGGGGUCCCCGGGACCGAGCAGAGGCUGUCUAUACCACCAUGAGUGGCCGGAGCCCAGCGCUCUGGGCAGCCCCUGAGACUCUUCAGUUUGGUCACUUCAGCUCUGCCAGUGACGUGUGGAGCUUUGGUGUCGUCAUGUGGGAGGUGAUGGCCUUUGGGGAGCGGCCCUACUGGGACAUGUCUGGCCAGGAUGUGAUCAAGGCCGUGGAGGAUGGCUUCCGGCUGCCACCCCCCAGGAACUGUCCCUCCCCCCUGCACCGACUGAUGCUUGACUGCUGGCAGAAAGACCCAGGCGAGAGGCCCAGGUUCUCGCAGAUCCACGGCAUCCUGAGCAAGAUGGUGCAGGACCCAGAACCCUCCACGUGUGCCACUGCUGCCUGUCCCAGGCCUCCCACCCCACUGGCAGACCGUGCCUUCUCCACCUUCCCCUCUUUUGGCUCUGUGGGUGCCUGGCUGGAGGCCCUGGACCUGAGCCGCUACAAGGACAGCUUCACUGCAGCGGGCUACGGGACACUGGAGGCUGCAGCUGAAAUGACCAACCAGGACCUGGUGAGCCUGGGCAUUUCCUCGGCAGAGCAUCGAGAGGCCCUCCUGAGUGGGAUCAGCGCCCUGCGGGCUCGAGUGCUGCAGCUGCAGGGCCAGGGGGUGCAGGUGUGAGUGGCCCUGACCCUUCCAAGGCAGAGCCCCAGGGGCCUGACCCCCAGCCCUGCCCAAGGACCCUGGCAAACUGCACUCUAGCCGUGUGGGACUGAGCACCCUCUUCUCCUCUUGGGCCCAGAGCUGGUUUGGGGCCACAGUGUACCCCAUUUCACUGCCUGCUUCUCCCACUUUCCCCUCUGAACACUUCACUGACCUGGUACCCAUGGAAAAGAGGUUCAAAUGCCCAGGGUGAGGGGGAGACCCCUGAGACAGUAGCAGGUGGAAAUUCAGGUCUCAGGGCAGAGACAGGGCAUGAUGGGGAGGGAGACAGUAGAUUUCAAUUGCCCUGGCUCAUGCCCCUCUGUCUUCUAUACCCACUGGGUAUUGGGGCCUUCCUGGGUGUCCCCUCUUCCCACAGACCCAUUGUCAGUCAAGACAGCAUGGGUCCUGACUCAUGACCCACAGUCAAGGGCACCCAUUCAACCCAGUAGCGACCCCAGCUGCUUGGCAGCCUGGGUAUGGGAGGCUGGGCUGCAGGGGCAGGGUCCGUAGCUCCCUGUGCUGUGUGUGGGUCUCUCUGGACACUAGUCCUAAGACCCAGGCAGGCAAAAGUGGUGCUGAGCACAGGGGUUGGACCCUAAAGCCCCAGACUCAGAGCUGACUGCUUGCCCACCCUUAGGCUGACAGGGUGAGGGAGAGGGUCCAGGCUGGGCCAUACAAGCUCUGGUGCUCUCGAGGGGCCCCAAGAGGCCCCUGUUUGCAUUGUUUUCAUGAACUGGCUUGGAAGAGCAUAAGGGAACAUGUCUUCUCCAUGGGGCCCUGGGGGCUCAUGAGGAAUCUUAGAAAUGUGUUUUCCUCUUUAGCCGCUGGCCUACCCCCUACAGAGAGGGAAAGCCAAGUCCAUGGGACUCAGGGCUGGAGCUGGGGCAGAACCCAGUUGAGGGGGAGCCUGGCAUGGAGUUCUGAGACUUGCUUGCCAUGUGGCACCAUCCUGCCCCUCUGGGGCAGCCCAGUGGAUACCCCGGACCCUUUCCAGCCAUCUCUGUCCCUAGUCACCACCUAGUGUCCCAGGGCACUUGUGUCCUCCCUCUGGCUUCCACAGAACUCUGGCAGGAGUUUUUGGAACUGAGUCAGAGGUUCUCAUCAGAAGGGCUCCCAGCGGCAGUGGUGAUCAUGAGGCCACGGGCAUCAACGGGGAGCAGGGUAUAGACAGGGCUGCAGGCCGAGUCUGUCCAUGUUCCCUCCGAGAGAUGCCUGCUCUGGUCCGGCCGAGUGGGAGGGGCAGGGUGGCUGGGAAGGAGGGUGGGAGAGGUACAGGCCACGGCCUGCUGCUAGAGGGCUCUGGCUCCGUGGAGAUGAGCUCAGAUGGCAAGGAUAAGACAAAGCACCCCCAGUGCCCAGCCCAGGGGCCCUCAGGGGCAGUGAAGGUGGGUGAGAGGGGCAGGUGGACACUCUUGACUUGUGCUUAUUGAGGGGUGUCCAGAGAGCCUUCUUAGCUGAAGCCUAAGGUCUUGAGGUAGGUGGGGUUUCCAGCAGGCCAAGGGGCAGGCCUAGGACAGGAAGCCAAGUGAAGAAGGAGCCAGAGGCUGGAGGUGCAAUGCAUCUUUGGGGAGCACCCUGUGAGGAGGAGGUGGCCCCAGCAGUGCCUUUGGCUUCACCCUGCCAGCAGCAACUCCUCCCUCCUCAGAGUCUCCCCGACUCCUAGCUCCCACUCCCCUGAGCACCUGCCCCACCUUGGUGACUUUGAGGCUCCUGGGACUGAGAUAUUGCUCUACCUGUAACAGGGUUGGGGAUCCCUUGCCAGGUGCCCUCCUGUCUUUGCCUUCACCGUCCCCUCCAGGAAAGCCUGGACCAGAGUCCAGGGUUCAAGGAGCCCACACCCUGUCUUGGGUAGAUGGAACCUCAUUCCUAUUUCUAACCUUGUCCAUCAUGCUCUUAAGGUCAAAACCCUCCCCUCCCCCAGCCAUUGGCCUAGGGGCUCCUGCUGUGUUGGUAGGACUUCGGUGUCCAGGGUAGAUCUCCCCUCUGCUGCGGGGUGGGAUCCCAGAAUCCUGAUGACCCCAGCCUCACCCUGCUCAGUUGCUGGUGUGAUGCAGGCUGGAGUCUUGGGGAGCCCUCUAUAAAAUCUAUUUUUAUAUGGAACUUGGUCACUGGACAAAGGGAGGUGGCCUGAACCCCCAUCACUCCUAUCUGAGCCCACCCAGGGAGGGAGGGGGCUGGGGAGGUGGAUCCUUUGACUAAUUCUGGAGACGUUUUUAUAUUUCUUGGGUUCUAA